AUGAGGUACAGCACCCAGCUGCAGGACAUGAACAACCCGGACGAAGGGGUGGAGUUCCUCCCUGCCAUGAACUCCAAGAAGAUGGAGAAGCGUGGCCCGAAGCGGCGAGUGGUCGUCUCUGUCCUGGUUGUUGUCUUCCUGCUCCUCUCCCUUGCUGCAGGCCUCCUGUUCUGGCACUUCAAAUACAGGAACGUACCCGUCAGGAAGGUUUUCAAUGGCCACUUGAGGGUCCUGAACUGGGAGUUCCUUGAUGCCUAUGAGAACUCCAGCACACCAGAGUUCAUUAUGUUGGCCAAGAAGGUGAAGAGCACGGUGGAGGAGAUCUACAGGAAUCAUGCAGAUAUUGGCCCAUACCACAAAGAGACAGUGAUCACUGCCUUCAGUGAAGGCAGUGUCAUUGCCUACUACUGGUCAGAGUUCAUUGUCCCCAAGUACCGGGAGAAGAGCUUGGACAGGGCCAUGGCUGACAAGCAGAGCCUGGUGCAGAGGUGGAAUCCUCGGCUGAGAAACCCCAUGCUGAAGGUGGAGUCAGUCAUCGCUUUCCCUGUGGAUCCCAGCAUAGCUCACUCCGCCCGAGACAACAGCUGCAUGUUCUCCCUCCACGCCAAGGAAGGGGAGGUCACCAGUUUCACCACACCAGGCUUCCCCAACAGCCCAUACCCCAACAAUGCACUCUGCUACUGGGCACUCAGGGCAGAUGCCAACUCCAUCAUCAGCCUCACCUUCAAGACACUGGACCUGGAGCCAUGCAGAGAUGACAGUGACUACAUCAAGGUGUAUGACUCCCUGAGCCCUGUGGAGCUCCACGCUUUGGUCAGGCUUUGUGGGAAUUAUGCCCCAUCCUACAACCUGACCUUCCUGUCCUCCCAGAAUGUCAUGCUCAUUACAUUGGUUACCAACAAGGAGGGGCGAUUCCCUGGCUUUAAGGCUGACUUCUUCCAGCUCCCAAAGCUGAAAGCCUGCGGUGGAACCCUGAGGGGAGAGAGCGGCACCUUCACCACUCCCUUUUACCCAGCACACUACCCCCCAGACACGGACUGUGUCUGGAACAUAGAGGUUCCCUCUGUGAAGAACGUGAAGGUGCGUUUCAACAUGUUCUUCGUGCUGGAGCCUGGGAUCCCUGUCAGCUCCUGCACCAAGGACUAUGUGCAGAUCAACAGCACGAGGUACUGCGGGGAGCGCUCCCAGUUCGUGGUGGCCAGUACCAGCAACAGAAUCGAGGUCAGGUUCCACUCUGACCAGUCCUACACAGACACUGGAUUCUCUGCAGAGUUCCUGUCCUAUGACUCCAGCGACCCCUGCCCUGGCAAGUUCACCUGCAACACAGGGCGCUGCAUCGACAGGAGCAUGCGCUGCGACGGGUGGAUGGACUGCGUGGACGGCAGCGACGAGAGGUCCUGCACCUGUACCAAGGAGCAGUUCAGGUGCCAGAAUGGCUGGUGCAAGCCCAAGUUCUGGGUCUGUGACAAUGUGAAUGACUGUGGUGACAACAGUGAUGAGCUGCAGUGCAGCUGUGCAGCUGACAGCUUCAAGUGUGACAAUGGCAAGUGUGUCCCAGACACACAGAAAUGUGAUGGCAAGGACGACUGUGGGGAUGGGAGCGACGAGGGCAGCUGCAGCAAUGGUGAGGCAGUGCCCUGCAAGGACUACACGUACAAGUGCCGCAGUGGACGCUGCAUCAGCAAACAGAACCCUGAGUGUGAUGGGGAGCAGGACUGUGAGGACAACUCUGAUGAGAGCAACUGCAACUGCGGGACCCGCUCCUACGUCAGGAAGUCGCGGAUCGUCGGAGGGCAGGACUCGGACGUGGGAGAGUGGCCCUGGCAGGUCAGCCUGCACGUCAAGGGCCAGGGCCACAUCUGUGGGGCCUCCCUGAUCUCCCAGAGCUGGCUGGUGUCAGCAGCACACUGCUUCGUGCAGCUGCAGGGCAUCAGGUACUCAGAUCCCAGCCUGUGGACAGCCUACCUGGGCCUGACAGACCAAGGAGACCUCAACGGUGCCAACGUGCAAGUUCGGAAAAUCAAGCGCAUCAUCUCCCACCCCUUCUUCAACGACUACACCUAUGACUAUGACAUUGCUGUGGUGGAGCUGCAGACCCCUGUCACCUUCUCUUCUGUUGUCCAGCCCAUCUGCCUGCCUGAUGCCACCCACAACUUCCCCGUGGGCAAGGAGCUGUGGGUGACCGGAUGGGGAGCGACUGCAGAAGGAGGCACUGGAGCCUCCAUCCUGCAGAAGGCAGAGAUCAGACUCAUCAACCAGACAGUGUGUAACCAGCUGCUGACUGACCAGCUGACACCACGCAUGAUGUGCGUGGGGAUCCUGACCGGUGGCGUGGACGCCUGCCAGGGAGACUCUGGGGGGCCCCUGGUGAGUGUGGAGCCCAGCAGCCGCAUGUUCCUGGCCGGGGUGGUGAGCUGGGGCGAUGGCUGUGCCCAGAGGAACAAGCCUGGAGUGUACAGCCGCCUGACCAGCCUGCGAGCCUGGAUCCAGGAGCACACAGGGCUCUAG